UACAUGAGCCACAUACACAACUCACUUAAAACCAAGAGUGGCUCAGAUACCAAUAACACAAUACAUCCGGGAAAAGAAAGAAAAAAACUGGAUUGGUCUCUUGAGACUCAGGAUAUCGAUAGAACACGAAAAAACUCCCACUCAAGAGCGACCGGACUGACAAAUAUACAAUGCAGCCAAAAAGACGAGUCAAAUGAGGCCGCUAUCAUGGAAAAAGCCGUGAGGUUCGAGAAUAAGGAGGACUCUGAAGACGACGAAACUGCUGUCAGACAGAGCCGCUCAAAGCAUCAAAGCAGUCACACAAGUACACGCACAGAGGGUAACAGAAAACAUGAAAGAGACAAUUCUAGUGAUAGCAUAGAAUCUUUGGCAAAAUGGAGAACUGUCUCAAAACAAAUUAGAAAUGUUGUCUUGGUAAAGAACUCUGUGAAGCCUUCUCGCUCUCGAAAGCGUUCGGCGACUGUGAAGUCGCCAGCCACCAUGGACCCAUUCCUUCAGAAAUUUAGCACACGGGAUAAUCGAAAGAUAACUCCACCAAACAGAAAAAGAACGCGAAUUUCCAAGAAAAGCUCUUCUUCGCCUGGCGUUUUGUCAAACGCAACCUCUGCACAAGAACCUCGACGACCACGGCUUUCUAUAGAAAUCGAAAAAGAGCUUGAUAGCGAGUUAGCUAGUGGUUCUGUUUACGAAUAUGACCAAGCAGUUCAUUGGAAAGACAAGAAUUUUAUUUUUGACCCGGAUGGGCUACACAUUUGCGUCUGGUUUUAUGUUCUUGUGUUUGCAAUUCGGUACAAUUUAUGGGCCUUGAUUACCAGGAUCGCUUUUCCUGCCGCUCAGAGUGGUUUUUUAAAGAUAGUGUGGUAUCUAUUUGAUUAUUUUUGCGAUGCAAUUUACGUUUUGGACGUCGUUAUUGCUGCAAGAACAGGUUUCCUAGAGGAAGGCAUUCUAGUCAUAGAUACAAAACGAGUGUAUAUGCGGUACAUUCGCUCUGUGGAGUUCAUUGCCGAUGUGGUGUCGUUGAUUCCAACUGAUAUUUUAUAUGCAACAUUAGGACCUCUUCCGCUUCUAAGAAUCAACCGCAUUGUCAAAGGAUAUAAGAGUUUUCGUAUCAAAGCUGUUAUGGAGUCACAAGCAAAUUAUCCUACUUUCUUACGCGUGUUCUUUCUCAUGCAUCUCAUGUUCCUUCUUAUUCAUUGGAACGCUGCGUUCUAUUUCAUGAUUUCCAGAGCGGAGGGAUUUGGGACAAAUGAGUGGGUUUAUCAAGGCAAUGGUUCCUUGUAUCAGCAAUAUCUACAGUCAUUUUACUGGUCGACAUUAACUCUAACUGCGAUAGGAGAUUUGCCGCAGCCGACUACAAAUCUCGAAUAUGUUUACACAAUCGCGUGCUACUUGACUGGUGUUUUCAUGUUUGCGACCAUCGUAGGUAAUGCAGGAAGCAUUAUUGUGAACAGAAAUGCGGUGAGAAUGGAUUUCGAAAAGCAAAGAGAAAAUACCAAACAGUACAUGAAGAAACACAACGUGCCUAAAGACUUGCAGAGGAGAGUGGUGAUGUGGUAUGACUACUCAUGGGCUAGAGGUAGAAUGAGUACCGGUGGAGGAGACCUUAAUUCUCUGACGUUACUACCAAGUAAACUGAAGACUGAGAUUGCUCUUCACGUUAAUCUUGAAACGCUUCGAAAGGUGACGUUCUUGCAAAAGUGCCAGCCAGAAUUUCUCCAUCUCCUUGUCCUUCAAAUGAAGUUGCGAAUAUUCACCCCUGGAGACCUCGUUUGCAGGAAAGGCGAGGUCGCACGAGAGAUGUACGUCAUAAUCGAUGGAAAGAUCGAGGUGAUAGGGGAUCAAGGCCAAGUCCUUAAAGUCUUAUCUGGAGGGGACUUCUUUGGUGAGAUUGGAAUUCUCAGCUUGAGCGAAGGCCAAAAUAGACGAACAGCCGAUGUUAGGACAGUAGGAUAUGUGGAAUGUUUUGUUCUUGCAAAGGAAGAUGUGCUGUCUGCCAUCCGGGAUUACCCUGAGGCACAGGCUGUGCUUGCUGACUAUGGAAAAAAACGUUUGGAACGUCAAAACAGCUCACACGAUCCGCGCUUCGUGGACAUGGACGACAGUAAAGGCAGAGACUUGGACGCUUAUGAUCUCAUAAACCAUCAAAAAGCUGAAGAGUUUCAAAGCAAACUGACAACAAAAUCCGUUCCCAACGGACUUUGUAGACGAACAAGUGCAAGCUUUUCACCGCUCGAGCGAGCCCCUCAACCAUCACCUCGAGCGGUCCUGGAGCCGAUUCCUUUGGCUAAAUUAAGCAGAUCUAGGCGACUCUCGAGCGAAGUGGAAAUACAGUCUGCGGAAUCAUGUAACAGAAACGUUUUAGAAGCGCCAUGCAGUAGCGACGAGCUUGUGAAAACGCUGUUUCAUGAUUCGUACAUGGAAGCUUUGAACUUUCUCAAGAAAAAUUUUGACGAGAACCUAGCAAAAGAAAUGACGGAUGUUCGCAAAUCCCUAAAAAGUAGCGAAGAAUCUAAUAGACUAAAAGACGUUGACAUCUCUCACCUCAACACCCGUCUAUCAAACAUGGAGAAAGAACUUGAAAAGUGGAAAAUUCGAGUAAAAGAGCUUGAGUCAGAAAACUUUAUCAAAGAUCAGACUAUCAAACAGCUUCGGGAAGAGUCUGAGCUUCCAGGACGCCCCGUAAAUGUACUGAGAAGAGACAAACAUGUUAUGGAUCUGAUAGGGAGCUCAUGUCAUCAAGAUCAAGAACUAUGAGCAGCACAGUGAGCUCGUCGUCUCUAAUGGACAUGGAAAGAUCAACAACUACCUAUUGCUGACAGAAAUUGUGCGGCUACUAAGAGAACACCAGAAUUAAUCUGGGGAUUUGGGAUGGCAGACAAAAUGUUAUGAAUUUUGAGAUUGGGCUCAGAAUUAUAUACAGCUGUACUUUUGACAUGGCAGCUAGGCGUUAAGCGUUAACCCAUUACACAGCUGGCUAUCCACAUCGAGAUUGCUCACCAUAACCUGCCUUGCAGUUACAAAAAGAUGUAUGGCCGCCAUUGUUCCAAGAGCAGUGCAUGACAAUGAUCUGACGUAACUAGUAACAUUAUGAUAUGGUAAUCAUUUUAACAACUAUUAACAGCCAUUUUGUAAUCGCACUAUAAUCAUUUUGAAAGAAUAUUUGGAUCAAAUAUACCUCUUAUAUCUUUUUUACCAUCAUCUCAGAGCUCUACAAAGAGAUACUAUAACAGAAUCAUUAAGUCUGACGCAUUCAUUCAUCGCAAACGUGCGAAUUGACAACUUCAGUAAUGUGCAUUUUGCCAAAAAAAAAAAGAACAUCACUAAUUCAUCUAGGAGAAUUGACUUGAUAA